AUGCCCGUAAUCCGAGUCAAGCUAUUGACUAUGUCUAAUGGAACCCUAUACUUGUUUGGUGAUUCAACGUCUGCAGAAAAGCCAUUGACUGCAGACCGGAAUCUCCUCGACCUGUUUAAUCUCACACAUCUGUACAAGCGACACAUUCAACCACAACCAUCAUCAUCAGGCACUGCUGGGGGCUCAAAGCACCAUGCUGAUCAGGUUAAAUCGGAAUCAUCUUUUGGAGUGUAUAUUGAACAGUUGCCAGGAAACAACACACCACAACCAAACGAUACACUAUCCCGACUCGCACACAGCAUACUACCAACAGCAGCAUCAUCGUCAUCAUCGCCAGAACCACCACCACUACCUCUAGGACGUUUCGACGAGUCAACACUACAGCGUGCUUUUGCAUUGCAAGAAUCAAAACAGGCUUUAUCACAUCUGGAUCGAUCAUGGCUCGGUAUAGAAGAACCAACCUUAGCUUCAACACCUGAAUCGGCUAGUACUACUAGUACCACAAUACCACCAGGAACAGCUGCUGCACCAACCCCGAAUACGAGUACAGUAACAUUUGCAUCGCCAGCUACAACGACAGGGCCGUCGUUGAAACUGAAGAUAAGAUUGCCGAUGCUUGGGUCGAUUUCAGACGCUGGGAAUCCGUAUGGGUCGGGUGAUGAAGCCAAAAAGAAAAAGAAGAAACAUAAACGAUCUCAUGAUGAGAUGGACAUUGAUGAUGUUGACGGCAGUCAAGAAAAGAAGAAGCACAAGACAGACCACGACCACGAUGUAGAUGAAUAA